AUGGAAUCAACAAAACAAACCCAAAACGAAGAGGAACAGGGACAACAGCACUCGCAACCCACGUAUGACGUCGCUCACGGGGGCCAUUAUGGUGCUAGCGCAUCGCUAUCUGGUCAGGGGUACGCACCUGUGGCUGAAUUUUAUACUGGAAUAUGGGCCAAUGUCAACCAAGGAUUACACGGAAAUUACAAGGACAUCCUUACAACAUAUUGGCAACACACCAUUAACCACCUUGAAACCGAUAACCAUGAUUAUAAGCUUCAUCAGCUUCCUCUCGCCCGUAUUAAAAAGGUGAUGAAGGCAGACCCUGACGUAAAGAUGAUUAGUGCCGAGGCACCGAUCAUGUUUGCUAAGGGAUGUGAUAUAUUCAUCACAGAGCUAACUAUGAGGGCUUGGAUUCAUGCCGAAGAAAAUAAGCGCAGAACUCUACAGCGUUCAGACAUAGCAUCGGCAUUAUGUAAGUCCGACAUGUUCGAUUUCCUGAUCGAUAUUGUGCCCCGAGAGGACCUCUGUGGUGACAAGCAGAAAAGAGGUAAUUGCGGACCGGUCUCAGCGGCUAGUAAUACUGCUAUUCAGCAAUUACCGGUAUCACUUGGAACGUCUUCGGGGUAUGCAGACCAGAUUGGGGUCGAACAUCAAGACGAAUACGCCCUUAGGGAUGGGUCCUUUGUCGGACCUGGACCAGCGACCUCUGGUCAAACUGGCUAUGGAGGCUCUGCUGGCCAAAUGUAUAGCGAAAUAGGAAGCUUAUACGGGUUUCCACCCAUGCCUCCCCCUCAGAUUUAUCAAGUUUCUUCGCAACAGCAACAGCUAUCGCGUCCAACCUUGAAUCUUGAAUCACAAAUCGGAAAUGAUGGCAGCGCUGCCGGACGUGAAUCUUCGUCCCGAGACGAAGAAGAUGCAGAAGGCGAAGGAGACUACGUUGUAUAA